GGGGCCAGGGACCCGGCUCCUUCGAGGCGCGGGUGGUGGCCGUCUGCGAGGCCCUGAUGGCACGGCCGGGCUGGACGGGGCCAUCGUUGGGGACGACGUCCUCCCCCUCCUUGGGGACAACGCUGGGGACGAGGACGGCGCUGGCCCACGGGGCCACCUUCCGCGGGAUGACGCUGCUGCACCUGGCGGCCGCCCAGGGCUACGCGCGGCUGGUGGAGGCCCUGCGGCGCUGGAGGGCGCUGGCAGCCGACAGCCUGGAGCUGGAGCAGGAGGUCGACCCCCUCAACGUGGACCAUUUCUCCUGCACCCCCCUG